GCGGGUGCGCACUAGUGUCGCGGUUGUGUCUCCGCCACCGCCGGGUCCCUCCACCGCCAUGGAGAACCUGACCUUCCCCCGCCACAGCCCCGACACCAUCGUCAGCUACGUCCGCUCCGAAAUCCUGGAGGGCGCCGAGGCCCGGAACCUGGUCAAGGAAGACUUGUUCAGCACCUCCAGGCACGACGUUUUACAACUGAUUUACCUGAGAAUCCUGCAGAAAGUGUGCAAGAUCCAACUGGAGGAAGUCUACAUGAUGCCACUCAACGUAGACAUAAUGUACCCAGUGAUAUAUGAAGGCUUUCUACCUGUCUGCAACUUGUAUAUUCGUUUGGAGCGCUUGCUGCCGAUGUGGGGGAUCAGUGACUUUCAAAUUGCUGAUGUUUUAAGCCCAAAGACAAAGAGGACUGUUCGCUUCUUGAGUGGCAUGCUCAACUUUGUGAACUUCAUGGAAUCCCAGCGUAAGGCCUACCUGGAGCUACAGCUGAGAUAUAAAUCAGCUGUGGAGAAAAGCCAAUACCUGGAGACUGUGAAUCGGGAGGCAGCACUGAAGCUGGAGAAACUGAACACGGUCCCAGUUGAACAUGAGGCAGAGAUCAAGCAGCUCACAGAGAACAUUCGGGAGCUGGAGCAGCUGCUAAGGCAGGAUUAUCGUCGGAAACAAGCAGCUUUGCAAGAAGUGACUUCUCAAAAGAAGACUGAGAUUGCUGAGAAAACCCAAAUACUGAAUGAGUAUAAAGUGUCUCUGAGUGCUUUAAAAGAAGAACAAGAGCAGCUGAAGUCCAAAAUUGUGGAGAGUCCAGAAGAAGGGAAAAAUUUCAACGAGAUGAUGAAAGAGACUAUUAAGAAAUUGAAGAGAUCUCAGCAAGAAGUUACUGAGAAAUAUGAAGGUUAUAGAGAUUUAGUUGAGGUUCUGCCAUCAUGCCAAGUGGAAUUGCAGUUAUACCAAAAGAAGAUGGAAAUACAGGGGGAAAAUGUGGAGAGAUUGGCCACUGUAUCAUCAGAGGCCAGAAAUCUGGAGGAUCAGCUUGAGAGUGCUCAGGUAGAGCUGAAAAAGGCUAAGGAAGAUGAAACCUCCCGAAAGAGAGCGGUCACUGCCAAACACGAGAAGCUUGCUACAGCUGAGAUCCAGCUUAAAAAGAUUCGUGAAGUUAUUGAGCAGUACAAGUGCACAACACUCGAACAGUAUAACAAAGUCCAGGAGAAGAGGGGUGCUGUGUGUGACAAAGUUAUGGCCAUUCGCAAGGAAGUGAAACAGCAGAAGAGCAAAAUGGAGCAGCUGCAGGAUGAUUAUGAAAAACAAGCAGCAAAAGCCAAGGAAAUACAGCUAAUUUUGAAGACUGUAUUGGACAAGUACCAUGAAUCUCUCCUUAAGGCAGUAAAGACUUCUGCAGCCUCAAGAGCAGAAAAACUUGAUGAAAUAAGGAGAGGCCUGCUCAGCAUUCAGUCUUCUGGAAGUAUUUCUUAAGCCUGUCUGAACUUGUGUUCCAUUUUCACUGUUUGUGCUCAUACCUGAACUCAAGAGCUUCUGCUUUGCAUGGGAGGGAUAAUAAUUCCAGGCAAAUCCAGCUUUCUCAAAAACCAUGUCAGAACACUUUUAGCUUUCCAGGCUGAUCCUGGUGUCAUGAGCUUGCUGAUAUGGAUAAGAAAACACUCAGUUUCUGUUGUUUCAGUCAGCACCUGGUCUUGGGGAAUAGUAUUGCAAUCUUGCUAACACCAAACUGCUCAACAUUUUAGGCAGAGCCCUGCAUUUGUAGAAACUGUUCUGCAAACUUUGAUCUGGGAACACCUGGAGUCUUGGUCUGGCUUGAAUGUUCAAGAUAAGGCAGUAACAAGUGAUAUUCUACCACCAUUAUUCAAUUAAGAUGGAUUCUACUGUCAGGAUUUCAUCUAAAUGCCAAAUUACUCUCACCAUAAAUAUCUGUGACUGUAAACGCUCAGAAAUGUAAUUUUAAUAUCAUUUUAGUUAACAAUAUACUCCCUCUCAGUGCUUGAACUCCUUGUGUCUGCUUUGUGGGGUAUUGAACCCUCCUCUGUGUUCAUCAGUCUGUGUUAGGAUGCUCUUAAAAUCUGUAGAGUGAUGUUUUGUACCUUGUGAUGGUGCUUGGUGUGCCACAGUGGCUUUCAUUAUUUGGAGAAUUGUAAUGUUAAUUUUUGCACUAGUUGAUAUAGAGAUAUUUAACCCUUUUUCUCUUGGGUAUUUCCACUCCCCUAACUGACUUGGAAGAACAUUCCAGUGCAAAAAUUUAGCUUUAUACAUUUGUACAAAGGAAUGUGUUAUGAGCAGUCCUUUAUGAUGAAAGGAGGAGGAUGAUCCAAGCCAUCUUUAAAAUUUUACUUCUUCAUCUCUUACUAGCUAGAGGUGCUAGCAAAUCAGUUAGCAAGAGCAUGUCCUUGUUCCUUCUAGAGCACUUACAGAGGCAUCUCCUUCCUUUAUAAGGAUUGGUUGGAGGCUGUACUCCCUAGCCUGGGUACUGCAGCAGCUCUGGGGAAAGAGAUUCCCAGAAACUUCCAAUGGAUGCUGCAGGGGAUUAUUCCAAUCAGCAGAUCAAGGCUCUUGGGCUAGAGAGGUGAUGCUUUUGUAUCCCUGUGAUGAGGAAUUUGCAGGACAAAGAAGAAGCUGGAGUCUGGUUCCUGCUCUGAGAGAUUUUGCCACACCAGCUGGUGGGUAAAAUAAAAGCCUGCAAUUAAUGAAGAAAUAAAAACUCUAAUUUCCAGGUUUUUGUAUUUCCAAUAGGUUCUUGUGCUUUCACAUUAUUUGUGUAAAAUA